AUGGGUCUAAGAGCAGGAGGUGCCCUUCGCUUGAGACUCUUUGGCCAGAAAAGCUUCUCUAUUGAGUUCGUGACGCAGCCAUGGUUGUCCACCGAGGUUUUGCGAUCGUUUGAUUUCUCCUUCCUCGGUGACUGGGGAGGGGAACUUCACCCUCUGAAAGACAGUGGUGUCCUUCUCCAUGCUAAAUCAGAGGCGUUCAGCUGUGCCCUACAUUUGCAGCUGUAA